CACGCUUUCAACAACAAAUAAAGGCACAUGGGCAACACGGUCAGUGGCGAGUCGCGGACGCCGAAACCGAUGGUAGAUCCGCGGCUUCCAAAGUUUCCAGUGAUCGAAGACAAGCCAAGCUGGAGCCAAAUCAAGGAAGCCAUCCGCCAACGCGACUUUGCCACAUAUGGCUUUGUCGUUGCCUCGUCGGCGCUCGGCGGUUGGUACAUCCCACCCAAGACUCUGCCGCUGCCUAUUCGCGUGCGUCUAUGCGCAGGUACUGCUGCCGUGGGAGCAUUCUUGGGUGUGUUGAUGCUGCAUGACUUUGGCGAAGCUCGGCUGAGAGGGUAUGCCAUCAACGACUUGGAAGUGAUCAAGUUUGGAAUCAGUGUGCCACCACCCGUUGUCAACGAUGACAACAACGCAUAGACUAAGCUAUAAUAUACACAUGUAAAACCUUGA